CAUGGGUGUGGUGAUUAGCUUGCUUGGUGAAAAUUUUAGUCUAAUCCGACCAGAGUCGCGCUCCCUUUUGCACCAUUUAAACCGAUUAAAUUGUCUCAAAAUUAACACGUCUACCUUUGCGAUUUCUUUCAAAGCUGGGACCAUGGUUGUCGUGUGAAAACGGAUCGGUGUGACUCUGAUUGGAAGGACGGACAGAGCCAAAAAAAAAGCCCGUUUCAGGUGUCAUCUGGUAAAGUGUGUGUGAGUGUGUCUGUGGGUGUGUGUGUGUGCGUGUGUGUGCGUGUGCGUGCAGGCACGUGUGUUUUCCCAGCCCAGUCAGUAUUUGGAGCGGAGCGUGGCCUGAACACAUCACAGAUAGACAAUGAGCGAGCUGGAACAGUUGCGGCAGGAAGCCGAGCAGCUACGCAAUCAGAUCCGGGAUGCCAGGAAAGCCUGCAGUGACUCCACUCUGUCACAGAUCACAGCUGGUCUGGACUCAGUGGGGCGGAUACAGAUGCGGACGCGACGCACUCUCAGGGGCCACCUGGCCAAGAUCUAUGCAAUGCACUGGGGAAGCGACUCCAGUGACGGCAGUCCCAGGUUACUGGUCAGUGCCUCGCAAGAUGGAAAGCUAAUCAUCUGGGACAGCUACACAACAAAUAAGAUGCAUGCCAUCCCGCUGCGUUCUUCCUGGGUGAUGACGUGCGCCUACGCCCCCUCUGGGAACUAUGUGGCCUGCGGUGGCCUGGACAACAUCUGCUCCAUAUACAGCUUGAAGACCCGUGAGGGCAACGUGCGUGUCACCCGAGAGCUACCCGGACACACAGGUUACUUGUCCUGCUGUCGUUUCUUGGAUGACAACCAGAUACUGACCAGCUCUGGAGACACCACCUGUGCAUUGUGGGACAUAGAGACAGGCCAGCAGGCCACCGCCUUCACCGGCCACACAGGAGAUGUGAUGAGUUUAUCUCUAAGCCCGGACUACAAGACCUUUGUGUCAGGAGCCUGUGAUGCCACCUCCAAGCUGUGGGACAUCCGUGAUGGCAUGUGCAGGCAAUCCUUCACUGGCCAUGUGUCCGAUAUCAACGCCGUCACCUUUUUCCCCAACGGGAAUGCCUUUGGCACAGGCUCAGAUGAUGCCACCUGCAGGCUGUUUGACCUGCGUGCCGACCAGGAGCUGAUGAUGUACAGCCACGACAACAUCAUCUGCGGCAUCACCUCUGUGUCUUUCUCCAAGAGUGGCCGGCUGCUCCUGGCCGGCUACGAUGACUUCAACUGCAACGUCUGGGAUACUCUAAAGGGCGAGCGUGCAGGUGUGCUGGCGGGCCACGACAACAGAGUGAGCUGCUUAGGGGUGACAGAAGACGGCAUGGCUGUGGCCACCGGCUCCUGGGAUAGUUUCCUCCGGAUCUGGAACUAAUCUCAAUCUCUGCCCGCCAACUUCCUCCUUCGCAACCCCACCCCACAGAUCCCAACUCAUCUGCUGGGCUGGACCUGAGGGUGCUCACUGUGUCAGCUGAAAUCCUCUCAACUCACCCCCAGUUCUCCUCUCUGCUGGCGACCUGCCCCCCUGUGAGAAAGUACCAACUCUUUCUACCUUUUCAAGUGACGUUUUUUUUUUUUUUUUUUCACCCGGCUAUUACACAGAAACAAAAAUAACCUUUCAGUAGAGUUGUCCCAAUCAAAAAUAAAAAAGAGAUGAGUAAUGAAAACCUGAAGGAAAAAAAUAGAAGAUUUCACCCUUAUACCAAUUCUCUUUUAGAUAAAGAACAUCUGUUACCGUGACUAACAACAAACAAGAUGAGCGUCAGUGUGUAAUAUGUAAAUGUAUAUAUAAAGACAGUAUAUAUGUAUAGCAUUAUGUGUGUAUAUAUGCAUCAUAUAUGCAUAUAUAAUGUGUAUGUAUAUAUUUUUGUAGUUUAUUACCCUCACUUGAGUUAUUUUUAUGAUUUGGGGGUUUUUAUGUUUUAUUUCAACUGUACAUAUUCACAUUACAACAUACAACAUGAUGCCAGAAACACGUAUUGUAUCCUGUAUGAGUACCAGAUGUAGUGUCAGACAAUUUAGACACAGCGACGUAUCAUAGUUUAACCCGAAAAAGUCUCCUUUCAUUCACUCAUCACUCACUCAUCCAGCAACAAAAGAGGAUUUAGCAAGUAAACAAAACAAUUUGCAAAAAUAUAAUUUGUCCCAACUAAACUCACUUCCUCUUUUGUAUGUGUAUUAUAGUUAGAAGCAGUGGGGCUCAUGCGUCCUGUUUUUACAAAUUCAUGUGAAUGAUGACAUUUCAUUAUUUUUUUUACCAACACAGCGCCUGGCAUUCCUCACCACAGUCCUUUCAUUGGGAAGGAAACCGCCACAAUGCUAAAUGCCGACAAGUUGUGUUUUUGGGAUUUUAGUCUGGAUUCAGCUUCAGCUCCAAAGUAGAAACCGGUGAAUUUUAGACUUAAGAUAGAUCAUUUUAUUUAACUGGAGACCCUGCCUUGGCCUCUACUCACAUGGAUUGUGGUUUCAAAUCACCAGAUGCGGAAUCCACAUCUGAAGACCACAUCCAUUCCAUGCAAAUCAACAGCUGUGCGAUAGGAUUGACAACCCAAAAAUAGUCCUAAAUAGAGGUUUUGCAACAUAAUAUCUUCUGUGGCCUAUAGAAUCUACGCUUUUCCUAAGAGUUGAGACGAGCAUCUCGAGUUGCCCGUACAAAUGACACUGAUGGAGAAAAGGCAUCGCAAAGAGAGACUUGUUCUCCCCAAGCAGAAGCCGUUUUCUACCUAUGAGCCUGUAAUGGUGCUGAGGCCUGUAUGGACACAUGGUAGAGAGCUCAGUCGUUAUGUGGGGAUAUUUAAAGGACCAUAAAGGACGGCAGUGACUCUGUCUGCGGCCUCGGAGGAGUAGAGGAAAGAUGUCUGUCCGAGAUCGCCAUGUCAUUUUAAUCUUUUCUUUUCUUUUUUUUUUUCUAAGCAAAUGAUCAACAGAUCUUUUUGUCGUCAAGGUGUUAACUGAGUGACUGCAUGGAAUUAAAAUCAUGUUAGCCACUCCUAAAUAACACCAGUGCCACCACAAGCCUGUAAAUAAAGAAAAAAAAAAUUCUUUUAAGGGUUUAACAUUUUUAUUUCCUCACCAAAAAACAUGUAUUGACCUGAAUAUUGCUUGUGAAGAAAGUACACUUGGUAGACAGAAAUGUGCACUUAGUAGAGAGCUAGACAUGCACUCACAAACUGUAGUUAAAAUGUAAACCAUUGAGCACAUGUGACUUAUUUACCUAUAUAAGUGCUAUCUCUGAUUUUGAGUAUUUUCUCAUCAAACAUCUUCUAUUAUUUUGGUUCCAAUAAAGGCUUAAUAAAAUAAAAUACAUAUAAUGUAUGUGAGUUGGACCUAUCCAUCAGCUGUCUUAGGUGCCUAUCUCUGAAUAUAAACAUUUGACCCACCUGGGCUGGAUAAAGGAGGGUUUGUACUCUGUGAGAUGUGGCAUUAUUGUGUCUCCAUUCUGCCUUACGAUACCAUUCAUAAUAGAUAGUAAUACUAGCAUCGACUACAGUAAUGUUUUCCUCUUACUAUUCCUUUUUAGACACUGAUCAGUAAGAGAGAUUGCUAAUUAUUUUUAUUUUCCCAAUAGAAGCACAUUCUGAUACUAAUGAACACUAAAAAGCAUGCUUACAGAAAACCACUGCGACCACAUGCAGCUCCAUACUGCUUCUUAAAACAAGUGUUUUACAUCACUUUUUAUACAGUUCUGCUUUCUACUACCGUACAGUUUGUAGUAUUUAUUUAGGUUCAAUCAGCUAUCAAUGAAACCCCUCUUUGGCAUACUGUGAUUCUAGUGACCCUUUUUUUUUUUUGGAAGUGUUUUAGCUGCUUCUACCUGGCUUUGCAUUAAUGAAUCCAUUUUGAGAGAAUGUUAAAGAUUAGUUAUAGUUUUUAGCUUGAGAAUAUCUUGAGUGUGAGAGAGAGGUGUGUGUGUGUGAGACUGUGUGUGUGUAUGUGACUGAUUUGCUGAUGUAUGUGGAUAACCUAUAGAUUUAAGUGUUACUUCCUCAUUUGUGCCAAUCCACAGACCCUGAGCUGUGAACUGAAAACUAGUCAAUGUGACAAAAAAACAAAACUUGUUUGCUCACUACUCAAGUGCCAGCCUUCUCCAUAUCCAUCAAUUCAAGUCACGUCUAACUGAUUUUAUACCCAACCGCUUAUAUCUGAAGAUUGGGGGGAGGUGUUGUCCCAAAGUGUUAAGUUAUUAGAGUAAAGUUUCCAUCUCAGUCAGUGGACAUCAGACGCUCAUGUGUCCCCAGAUAAAGAUGAGAAAAUGUAUUUUAAGGGAUAGGUUGAUAUUUUGGGGGAAAUGUUUGCUUUCUGGCGGUGAGAAGAGACGAUCCACCCCGCUCUCGUAUCUGUCCGUUAAAAAUUAGGCGACAACCAGCAGACUGUUAUCUUAGCUUAGCACAAAGAAAGAAAACCGGAGGAAACAGCUAGCUUAGCUCUGUAUAAAGCUCACUAGUUAACAUGUUAUUUCUUAUUUGUUAAACAAAAACCGAACCAAACUAUUGUUUUGGCUGGUAGCAGUAACUUUGAAUCUCCGCAGCUUGCCUGGCAACUGGCCAGGCACAUACCUACCCCGUUGAACUUCAUUUUUUGUACAUAUUAAAUAAAUGAGAUAUGUGUUAAUUAGUCAGUGUUAGAAAUGAUUCUAGGCAGACAUUGUUACCGAUGGACAGAGCCAGGCUAGCAGUUUCUCAUUAUGCUAAGCUAAGCUAGCCAGCAGCUAGCUAUAGCCUUUUAAGUUGUUUGGUAACAGACAGACAUGAAAGUGGUAUCUUCCCUAACUCUCCUCAAGAAAGUGAAUGAGUAUUCCCCAAAAUGUCAAACUCAUCCAAUAAACCCACCCUGUUCUUUCAUGACAUUAUGAGCUGUGAAAAAUAAAAAUACACCAAAGCCAUUAAACAGCUGAAAAAGGGGAUUGUGUGUAUUACUGACGGUGAUAUUCAGCAGCAGCCAUUUCCUCACUGUGUGUAAUUCAGCAGUAUUAGCUGAACCUGGAAUAGUAACACUUCUACAUGCCUGUGCAGUUCACACAUUAAUCCAAAAGGUGCUGGACUUCAUUUAAUUUCACAAUAUUGUAGUCUCAUCCAGUUUGUUCUCUUAACUAUACAACGAUAUGGAUCUGUCGAAUCAGCUUUUUUGGUGUUUUGAUAUGUCAAUAUUUGAUGCAUUUACAGUAUUGCCAGACAUUGUUACAGUGCCGACUUCUAACUUCCUAGAGCAGAUGUGAAAAUUUGUCGCUGCUGCACCAUGUUUGGCCGUAUUUCUGCAUUUGCACAACCCUCCAAAUUUAAUAUCUGGACAUGAGAAAUUGAAAGUUUCUGAUUCAAUGACACCCCACCACUUGAAUUGAUUAUGUCACACGAUCACCACCACAGCACCAUCACAAAACAAUGCACUGCCCUUUGACUCUACAACCUACUGUUCUGACAUUUUGUUUUGAUUUUAUUUAUUGUUUUAUGUUUUAAGCCAGUAAUGACCAGGGACUUGGUGCCAUGAUAAUUCUCUUACAGUGCUUUUUGUGUGGAAUUAUAAUCACUUGUUAUGGAAUAAUUUUUAUAGUCUUUUUCACACCAGACCUUUUUUUUGUAUUUGUACAGUGGCUUGGUGAUACUGAUAUGUUGCCAUGAGUUAUUGUAACCAAUAAAAAGCUUCUAACCAAGAGUA